CAUACCUAUCCGGGAAAAGCGCUUAUUCCAUAUUUGGAGAGUUGUCAUAGGAUCGAGGCUCACUCUUGACGGCCAUCUUGUAAUUUAUGCAACUGUGAAAGCACUUAUAAGCUGUUAUUAAGAAAAAAACCUAUGAAAUGAGUGACCUUGAAGACCGAUCUAGAAGCUCCAAAAAGAGAGGUCCUUAUUUACAAUACUUGGCCGACCAAAAUUUUAAAAUUCCGAAGGUUUCRCAGUGGAGAAGACAACAAAGACACGWCAACAAUUCUCGCGAAGAUGGUCUUUCGUUACGAGAAGAAGAAAGUUUUGAAGAAGRAGUCACCUCUCUUUUGGACGAAACAGAUGGCGCUAUAAGUCCACYAGCAUCUGAUGGAGCUACUGGUUGUGUGCCUGCUGGAGGGGAUUUACUUGAGCCUGAAGACCCUGCUAUAGAAUUCCACCAGUUGUAUGACACCUUUGCAGAUGAUGAUGAAGAAUUAAGCGUAMAUGCUGAACAAGAAGAGGAAGAAUCAGAAGAUGAAGAUGAUAAAAUAGAGGUARCGGCUCCUAGAAGUUUGUCAGAACUGUCCCAUUUCAAAGCUACUGAAUUUAAAGCCUUUUUACUAUUUUAUGGUGCUGUCUGCAUGUGGAACAUUCUUCCAGAUGAUUAUUUUCAACAUUUUCUGCUUCUUGUGGAAGCAACAUACCUCUUACUCCAGGAUUCCAUCUCACUAGCAGACUUGAAUAAGGCGAAUAGACUGCUCAAGCACUUUUGUAUAAAUUUAGGGGCCUUAUAUGGAGAAAGAUAUCAAACAUCAAAUGUUCAUCUGCUUCUGCAUAUGACACASAAAGUAAAGGACCUUGGACCUCUAUGGUCCAACUCAUGUUUUUACUUUGAAGAUUUCAAUGGCCAGCUAAGAAACUUAUUUCAUGGAACACAAAAAGUUGACAUGCAAGUGACACUGGCAGUAUGCAUACAGCAAAAAAUUCCAGAAAUGGAAAAGGCCCUUGCUUAUGGUUCAAGUGCUUCAGAAUUCUAUGAACAUCUUACUGCAAGGAAGGCCUGCCAUAAAAACAAAUGUUUCAUUUCAGCUGGAAUUUACAGUAUCGGCAAAUUGAAAAACUUUGAGACUACUGGAAGUGAAACAGCAGCCAUAGAAAAGGUGCUAGGAGGAAGUAUUUCAAAGUGUUUCAAAUUUCAGAGACUUGAGUUGAGAGGAGACAUUAUACAAUGUACUGACUAUAAAAGAGUAACUAGACGUAAUUCACAUACAGUACAAUUCCAGGCAAGAGAAGAAUAUAACUAUGGUAAUGUUAAGUGCUACACUAAAGUCUAUCAACGGUGCCCAAACCCAGUGUUUUGUGAAGAGGCUUGUAUAUGUAAAAUUCCACAUUAUCUAGCCAUUGUAAGUCGUCUUCAACAAUCUGGAAUUCAGCUGGCACAGGAUGAUGUUACUGGGGCUACAGUUCCUCACAUAAUACCGGUCAACAAAGCAGCAGCAGAGAUCAUGGCAAUAGAGGUUUCUGAUAUCGUCAAGCUGUGUGUGAGCAUAACAAGCCACAGUGAAGCAGAUUUUGUUUGUCAUUUUCCAAACAGAUUUGAGAAAGACUAAAACUAAGACCUAAGACCUACCGCACUUCUUCAGAGACCAAGGCACAUCUACCUGUAUAAAAAGGCAAAUUGGGACGSUUUUCGAGCUUACAUGUUACUAUUUCAGGCUAUGUUCUUGAGCAAGUACGAUGGCAACAAAACGCUUUCCACCGAUCAGCUGUGGUCCCUGUUUCUGGAGAAACUGCAAGAGGGUAUCAAGAAAUUUAUUCCAUCUAAAGUCUCGAGCAGAAACCGGCUCCCAUAUGUAAACCAAAAGGYUUUAAGCAUCUGGUCCAGAGGAAACAUUCUUCUCUGCCUUUACAAACAAUGCAUAUAGUGCCUUAUUUCCUCGCGACUCAUGCAGUCCAUACCCUAGCAUGCCUGAUAUAGCCAUCACCACAGAGGGCAUUGUCAAACUUUUUAAAAUAUCUACAACCUUAUAAGGCUGCUGGUCCCGAUAAGCUCAGGCUGUUGGUACUUAAAGAGCUUACAAACCAAAUUGCAUUGACAGUGUUUCGUAAAUGAUUGAGCAGCUUGGUUGGCCCUCGCUCCAGCAGAGACGAUCAAUCAGUAGACUUGUCCUCCUAUUGAAGAUCAUAAAUGGACAGGUCGC